GCGGCGGAGGGAGCGGUGAGCGCGGGGAGCGGCCGGCACCGGGCACCGGGGACCGGGACCGGGCACCCGACAGCCUCCGUUAGCGGCUGCCCCGGGAGGAGAGGGGACGGGAAGGUGGGGGGGGGGGGGGUCCCAAGCCCCGGAGCGCGGGGGUGGUCCCGGGGGAGGGGGUGUCCCGGGGGUGCCCCGGUCCCGUGUCCCGGCUCUGGGGGCGUCCCGUGGGGGGUCCCGUGUCCCGUGGGGGGUCCCGUGCUGCUGGUCCCGGGUGUCCCGUCCCCGGAGGAAGGGGUCCCGUUAAGGGCGGGCUCGGUCCCGGUCCCCGGGGGGGGGAACCGGGGGGCUUCAUCCCCACGAGGGCGCUGUCCCAAGUCCGGGGGGGGGGGGGGUCCCACCUGCAGGGCUUUUUUUUUGGCGGGGGGGGGGGGGGGGGUGUCCUCGUGGCGGGGACCCCAUCCCCGGGGGUGUCACCCUCAGGGGCAGGGGUCCCCCCCCCCCCCCGUGGCGCGGAGCCCGUCGGGUGCCCCCUGACGUUGGGGGGACGCGGGGGGUCUGGGGGCGGGGGGGGGGUCCUUUUUGCAGGCAUCCGGCCCCCGGCCCCCCCCGGAGCGGCUGCCAUGCGGCUCAGGAUGAUUUCGGCUGCCUCCGUCCUCGUCCUGCUCUUCCUGCCCUCGGAGACCUGCUCGCCCCUGCAGUGGCCCCGCAGGCUGCCCGUAGCCCCCCAGCCCAGCUGGGAGCCGUGGCCGGGAGCCCCGCGACCCCCGGUGCCCGCCGGCAGCCCCCAGCCCCACGGACAGCCCCGGCUCUGCCAGCCCCGGGGGGCAGCGCCCGCCACGGCCCCCCGCGUCCCCCGGGCGCUGCAGGCGGGCAAGAGGCGAGAGGGGAAACCCAACUCUCUGGACCUCACCUUCCACCUCCUGCGCGAGUUCCUGGAGAUGUCCCGCGAGGAGAGACUGGCCCAGAAGGCGCUGAGCAAUAAGCUGCUGCUGCAGAGUAUAGGGAAGUGACGGGGGGGGGGGGGGGGCUGAAGGGGACCGACCCCGUAGUGAGCACCCAAGGGUGGCUGCGGUGGAGCAGAGCGGGGAAGCUGCUGCCCGGCCGGGGGCUGGACCUCCCCCCACCCAUGGGAUCCCCCCUCCCGUGGCCGCGUCCCGCGUGCUGCCCUCGCGGUCGUGCAUUAAAGUCGCCCUCGCACCUGC